CCAACCUUUCUCAGGUGGUUGAAUUCCCGGCGACCUGAGCACCAUGGUUACGGCCGACGCAGCUCGCAAUGUCGUCGGCAUCAUGGGCAAUUGCAUCUCCUUUUGCCUCUUCCUCUCCCCUGCGCAGACAUUUGACCGGAUCUGCAAGAACAAGGACGUGGAACAGUUCACGCCGGAUCCCUACCUGGCGACGCUCAUGAACUGCCUGCUCUGGUUGUUCUACGGCCUCCCCAUUGUCCACCCCAACAGCUUACUCGUCAUCACCAUCAACAGCAUCGGCAUCAUCAUCGAGACAAUCUACCUCUCCAUUUUCUUCCUCUACUCGCCCCCAAAGAAGCGGCUAAAGAUACUUCUCGUCGUUGGCUUUGAGGUGGCGUUCGUGGCGUCCGUGGUGGUCGGAGUGCUCCUCAGCGCCCACACCUACGAGGACCGCUCCAGGAUCGUCGGCAUCAUCUGCAUCGUCUUCGGCACGAUUAUGUAUGCCGCCCCGCUCACAGUCAUGGGGAAAGUUAUCAAGACAAAGAGCGUGGAGUAUAUGCCAUUCACCGUGUCUCUGGUGAACACUAUCAACGGCUGCUGCUGGCUAGCCUAUGGGCUGAUAGGGAACGACCCCUACGUGACGAUCCCUAAUGCGAUCGGUACAGUUUUGUGCAUCUUCCAGCUGAUCCUUUACCUGUGCUACUACAAGUCGACCCCCGUCAAGGAGCAGAAUGUCGAGUUGCCCGCCGCCGCCACAGAGAACUAACAUUGUUGGCAACGGCAACGUUUCCCUUCCCUCGCCGUGGAGAGAUAAGCUUGGCUUGCUGCCGUCUGUGGUGCUAGUCUGCUUGUCUUUGUUAGCUAGUGUCUGACUGUGCCUUUAGUUCCGCGAACCAUUGUCGUCUGUCCUAGUACAAAGUAGACCUAAUAUAUGCAGCUGACUUAUCGCAGAUUAUGACACCACGCUUGUCCUCAUACUCCACGCUUGUCUUCAUACUCUCACAAUCCACUAUUUGAUGGCAAAAUGGAUUUGUUGAACCGCAGUGUUUCUGCAUUCUUGUCUAGUUG